AUGAGAGCCCUUAAGAACACCUGUUGGGAAGGGCGCCUGAGUGGUUCCUUUGGUUGAGCAUCUGACCCUUGGUUUAGGAUCGGGUCAUGGUCUCAUGGGUUGUGACACUGAGCCCCUUAUCACAUACUCUCCCUCUACCCAUGCCCCCAUUCUCUCUCUCCAAGAAAUAAAGAGAAAGAAAAAAAGAAAAAGAACAAAGAAAACUUCGUGGGACGCUAUUUCUGCCUGACCUUAUUCUACACACAUAAGAGAACGAACAACGAGAACUAUGCUGAGACAAUGUUUUAGAAAGAGAGGGGAACUGUGGUAUCAGCACAAGGGUAGACAACGACUGACAGUGGCCACUGAGGGGUGGGCCCCAUCAGUGGUCACCUUCACGAGAGACCAGGCAGCCCUGUUGAUCGGCAUGGCCUCGGCAACUGGAAGGCAGGGGCUCCCCAGGUUCCGCUGAAACCCUGGACAAUCCAUUCAGUUAGUGCAGGUGCAGACCAGUAGCUGGCAUUCUGGGUGCUCCCUGGGUCAUUCCAGUUGGAGUCGGAGCUAUGAGCAGUGCCUUUGGCUCCCACCUCUGGCAUCUUGAACCUUGGUUGUCUCUCAAGGGCUGUGGGCUGUUGCUCCAAUUGUUCCCAACAGUAAGUAAAGGAUUCCUGUAACCUCACCCCUCAGUCCUGAUUAAACCAACUUGAUGUUUUUUACCCACUGGUUUUUUACCCACCGUGGGUUUGGGUUUCUUCUCCUCGGUCCCCAGCUCUACCUCUUCUGCCACAGGUCGCCAUGGCAGCCCAUCCUGGCCCUCUGUCCGAGGCAGGGGCAGAAAGCAGCCUCCAGGAAGUCAACCGGCAGCUUCGGUCGCAGCUGGAAAAAACCGGCCAGGACUUCCUAGACCUCAAGGAAAAAUUCCUUGUAUCCGAAGCUACGGCCUACUCCCUGGCCAACCAACUGCAGAAAUACAAGUGUGAACAGUCCAGCGACCUCAUCAACUCCGUGCUGGGGGAGAAGGUGCUGUGGGAGAAGGGCAAGCGGGCAGACACGUUGCCUGAGAAGUUCAGGUAAGGAGGGCCCUGUGUGGGAGGCUGGAGGGAAGCUGUGGGCCCCUCUGACUGGCGGCAGCAACAAGUCUGGGCCCGGAGAAGGGCAGAAACCGUCAUGGCAGGCACGUUAUACAAACAUAUCUAAGACAAUUUAGACCACAGUGAUUGGUAAACAAUGGACUCCAGUGACUCAGAGCCUCAUUCUCUCUUUUUAAAAAGG